GUUUUCUCUCGGCUCUUCAUCUCAUAAUGGCGGAUUCCCCUAUUCACGAUGCGGUUAUGCCGCCGUCUCUAUCCCUUGCAGAUAACACGCCAGAAUCCAGAUCAAGCGAGGAUAUGGAGUAAGCCUUUUCGCCAGGACUGAAUAUUGGCCCCGAAUUGACAUAUAGCAAGGCUGUCUUCUCCAGCAUCUUGCCUAUCCAACUAUUUUGUUGGCAGCCCACGUGGAUUUACCUCCCCAUUAAAAAGUCGACGGGAAGCUUUUCUCUUGAUCAAUUACCUCCAAGAUCUUUCACCAAGAAUUGAUAUCUGUGAUCCUUCAAAGCGCUUCAGUCGCGAAGUGCCAAAGAGGGCUCGCCAACUGCCCCUCCUAGCAUACUCCAUCCUGGCUUUCUCAUCACGCCAUCAAGUAAUGAUUACCGGUAUUAACGAUGAAAGUAGCGAAGAGUAUCAUAGCUAUGCUCUACGCAUUUUGAUCCCCAUUCUUGACGACCCGAUGUCAUCUUUGGAUGAAAAUCUUUUAGCGGCGGCGGUCCUACUACGGCUAUACGAGGAGAUGUGUGAUGUCGACACUGGAACUCAUCUCGUUGGAUGCGCACGACUCUGGAAUAGCAUCCCUGACUUCAUAGCCCAAGGCGGUCUAAGCGAAGCGGCCAGCUGGAUAAUGCUUCGACAGAAUCUGCACAUCUCUCUCAUUAAAGGCGAGCCCAUGCAAGUAGAUCUGAACAAAUACAGACGUUCCAGAUCAUUUGUAGACACGACUGACGAGGACUUUGCCAAUCGGAUUAUUCUUCUUUGCUGUCAGGUAUUAGCGACUUGUUUUAGCCCAGGCGCACAACCCGACUACGAGACGUGGGCGCAUCUUGGUAAGGAGGUUGCGAGAUGGCAUGAUUCUAUACCGGCGCAUUAUUAUCCUUAUCAUUCUGAUGUGAAGAGUGCUUCUAUUGGGGCCAAGUCGGCUUUUCCUAUAGUAUGGAUGAUGAAUCCUGCUCAAGUAAUGGGAUAUCAACACUAUUGUCUGGCUCGCAUUCUGCUGCACAUCUCUGAGCCCAGACUAUGGGUUUCUAGUUUAAGAACUAUCGAGCAUCGGGUAGUCGCAGAUAAAGCGGCCUUAAACGACCUUCAUAUCGCUAUCGGUCUCGGCAUCCACAACCCUUCUGUAGUUGGUGCUGGGUUCACCGUACAUCAUAUACUUUUCACUUGCGGUUGUUUAUUAACUAAUCCUGUAGAACAGCAGGAGGUGCUUAACUUUCUAGAUAGCUUUGGUAAGAGUGUUGGAUGGCCAAUACAUCGGUUAAGAGAUAAACUAAAUGCAACAUGGAAUUAAGGUAAAUUAAUAGAAAAGAAAUGUAACUUUAAUAUGACUUGUUUUGAGC